UUUUUUGACACUGCCAUUAUCCACUGCUACCACAUCAAUGGAAUGGAAUUUUGGCCUUCGAGUUGUCGUGUUCAGGAUUUUACUCAGAAGACUCGAGGGAAGAAACUCAUUCAAGACCAGUAUCCCAACGUGGAGACCGGCAGAUUAACAGCGGCAUCUUUGGUCGAAUGUAAAGAUGGACGUUUUAGUUGGUCUUAUGCUUUCGAAACUCCGAAUCCUGAAAAAAGAAUUAAAUUGCGAAAGGCGGCUCCCGUACUUCUUGCAACCCGACCUCCCACCUCUGCUGUGCCGCAUUCUUCGAUUCAACAUCGAGUAGAACAAGGCGCGAAGUUUCUCAGAACAGUUCUACCUGAAAUCGACGUGACUGCUGAUCUGAUGAGGGAAGAACUUGCAGUAGAUGAACGACUUACGCGCUCCCUCAAGAACUUCGAUUCUUCCUCGGGAAAUGUGCUGGCAUCGUUCAUGGACGAAACAGGUCAACUUCUAGCUUAUCCGACAGGGCUACUGGGAUGCGAUCUCAACAUCGCGCUGGUUUCAUCCGAUGGCCAUAAAGCUAUUUCCGAGUUCGAACCUCAAUGUGCAAGAUCCUUUUUGACGCCUAUCCGCCAGUUAGUCAGUUCAACUUUCGAUUCCUCAAGGCGAACCAAUAUGCUUUCUGUUCGGACAUUUGGGUCUACUUACCUUCUGCAUAUUCGACGUAGCGAUGACCGAAAAAUUGUAGAAGUUGAAGAGGCUAAAUCUUCCGAUCUUGUCAUCGUCAAUAACCAGGGAGCAGUCUAUCUAAGGGAGCCCGAUCGACGAACGCCAAUAUUUAUAGCGACUUCUUCAGAACCAGAUCAACUACCAGAUGAUCAAUGCUGGAGGCUGGCUGCUGGCAAUAGUUCAGAACAAUGUUUUCUUUCCUCGAACAAGGUGGUUCGAGAAUAUGAUCUUCGUGCCAAAAACUCGAGCAAUCUUUUCGGAUUGUCUCCGUCCACAGAUGAAGUUUUUUCCUUUCUUGAAAAGCCUCUAAAGGAUUAUCUGAUACCAUUAUGUACCACCCGCCGAAUCAUGUGGCUAGAUAGGCGUUCUCCUGGAAAACCUCUUUUGGCGUAUCAACAUCGGCGACAGUACGACCGAACCCUGCAUACGUGUACUAUCGAGGACAAUCACACGAUGCUGAUGAGUCGCAAGAAUGCUCUUGUGACGAUGUAUGGUCUCUCGUCAGACGGAUUGCUCCACAUGAGUGGCUAUCCCUACGCCUUAUUGUCCGAGCCAGACGACAGAUUUGUUGGUGAUGCGUUCUUGCCACGUACUGUUGACAACUUUAGUCUCUUCAGAAUGUCAGAAGAAGGGAGGAUGAUUCGUUAUGACCUGAGUUGGGAUGCGAGUGAUGAGGUCCCGUGUUGGUUAGACAGGGUGCAUGCUGUGAAUGAUCUGAACUCGCUGAAAACCGAGGUCGGAUCAUUAGAAGGCCGUGAAUUUAGCAAAGUAAACCUGCGUCCUGCAUAUGAAUAUAUAUUUUACACGAAUCUCGAUUGCCAGGAUUCCGGGGAGUCGGAGGAUUUGGAUGAGCUGCUGGACAAUCUCUCGAUGUUUUGGCAACACACAGAUGCACCUGUCGAUCAUGUAAUGACAACCCACGACAUUCUUCGAUCUUGUGGGGAUGAGCUCGACAGAACAUCUCGAUCCGAUUUCCUUGCGGAAAAUGAUACCGUGUACGCUAAACAUUAUCGCGCGUUGCUCCACAAACAGUUUCCUUGGGAGGGCCUACGAAGAAACGCUCAAUGGCAUCGAGAUAUUGGAGACACUUUCAUCGAUAUCUCGUCGCUAAGGGCGGAUGAUAUUCGCAGUGUAACCGAAUCAUUCUCCGCUUUUGAUCUCUCUGAUCACUCAGAGAAGCAAACACAAGUAAACCAGAGGCAGAUGAGGGCACGGGAAGAACUUUCACUUGACUUGAUACUCGCAAAGGACGUGUUCUGUCACAGAUAUAUAUCUCCUUCGGUCUCGGGAUUGGAAACUAUGGCCGCCCUUUCUCUCAGCGAAGGGCCGCCGCCGGUCAGUUUCUCCUUCCUGCAGCCCCGACCUCAAGUUGACCAUUAUUCACGGGACGAACGUGAUCCGCAGAUAGUAAUGCCUCCUGGCGUCCGCCUGCUUUUGAAGGAGUGGGAAAUAGGUGUUGAUCCCGAAGACGCUGUAUUUACGAACCCGUAUGGAGAGCAAGUGUUACCGAACUCUCCGCGCAAAAGCAAUGACACAAGCGUGUCGCCUCCAUCAUCCGAACACCCCGAACACACCAUCACGCAAUCCCAAGUUCCUCCGAUGGUGUUGGCUUCGAGUAACCUUGCCCCCGCAAGGCAAGCGAUGUCGAAGCAGUUCGACCCUCCUCAGUUUCAUUCGCAAGUACUCGAUAGUCACACUACUCCUGUGGAAAGUGAAUCCCAGGGUGUUUUGGUCACUACACAAACCCUGGCAGGACCCUUUGAAAGCCGCACGAAAAAGAAGCCUGCAAAGAAACGUUUGGGUGGAUUCUGAACUGGUCAUGGGGUCAUAUAUAUAUAGAUACAUGUGUCCCGUGCCACUGAGUGGGCCCUAUAGAAAC